AUGAAUCUAUUGCACUCAGUGAUCUAAUAUAGCUCGAACAGCACUGGUAGCACAAAAUGGAGGCUCAUGUCCAGCAGUCUGAUGAACUCACCUUCGCAUUGGACGACUGGUCGCAGUUCGAAGGGGCGCCGAGCCUGAUACUGCCCGAAAUCGAUCGCCAGCUCUUCGAGACACUUGCCCAGGAGAUGGCAGUUUGGGAGAGCAACAUAGCCUCGCCGCCCCAGGCACCGACCCCAUAUUGCUUACAAGCAAUGCACGUGCCGCGAGAGCACUCAUGGCAGCCUGCAGAGCACACUGUUAUGACCGAUGAAGGCUUGCCCCAGUUUGAUGCGACCAGCUUGGAUGGCUCGGUAACAUCACAGCAGCUUAUACCGAAUGUUCAACGAGUAGUAGCGAUUGAAAAAGGGCAGAACCGUUGCCCACUUUGCAAUAAGACAUUCAGAAGGGGCGGCUCUGCCGUCCGAGCGCACAUUAAUUGCGUCCACAUUGGAAAGAGAAAAGAGCACAUCCGGUUGAACUCGAGUCGCGCUGGUCGACCGAAAGCUCAGCCUUCGCCGAGAGUCUCCACACCAGGACAGAAAAACGGCAGAGACACCCAGCGACGGUCACGCGUGCUCUCCGAGAUCACGAAUCUGCGAUCCUCAGUUCAAGACUACAUUACUCUGGCAGAGUUUCGCACCCUACAAUAUGAGCUUGUGGUCCUGAAGCAGGAACGGAGGAUGCUUUUGGACAGUAUGGGUAUAUGGGCUCAAUGCGACGAAACUUUCCAACAAAUCAUCAAAGACGAAGCAGGAGCCGAAUUUACGGCAAUAGAGCGACGAGCUCUCGCACGAGACCAGUCUAGAAGACUUGUUUGCACUUUCCAGAUCUCGUUCCUCACAAUCAUGUUGGAAGCGAGUCGCGCUUCUCAGAUGCAAGUGCGUGGAAGAUUAGUAUCAAGGCUGGAAGACAUGGCGGCUGGCAAAGAUAAACUGUUGUCGAACAUGGAAGAAGCGAAAGUCUUGAGGGAUUUCUUGUCAAGUGUGGAGGAUUGGGUGGCGGCGAUACAGGGGCGUACUACUUCCUUGGCUUUCGACUACGUUGUCGAAAUGCUAGUCAUCAAGCUGAUCUGUUUACUCUACCCUCGUCUCUCAAAAGGUCUUUUUCAGCCCACUCCAGAGGAAUUGGAAGCUCAGCGGAGAGAGAUUCAAUGAACAGAGCGAGUUCCCCUUGUCACCUCUUCUUUCAUACUACAAGACGGUAGACCAAUCCAUUAUUGCUGCGACGCCUUGAUUCUGACAAAACAAAUAUAGAAGCCAGCAAAGUGGCUUCUGCGCACUAAUCCAUCACCCAGGCUUUUGCGUCAGUUGCAGCGCUGUCCCAACGUUG